UUCCAACUUUCCAGCGAAGAAAAACAAGUUAUGAGGAGCGAACACGGAAGGGCAGAGGAGCUUAGACCUUUGACUCAUGAGAGAGAGAGAGAGAGAGAGAGGGAGACACAGAGAGAGAUACAGAGAGAGAGAGACAGAGAGAGAGGGAGACAGAGAGAGAGAGAGACAGAGAGAGAGAGAGAGAGGCUUUCUGUUUCUGUUAAACAUGCCAAUACUCUCCACCAGAGAACCCAAACAUGACCGCGGACAGUCGGACUGAAGCUGUCUACAGUGAGCUGAGGGAGGACUGCAGUGGACCCUCUCAGUCUGGGAGAUGGAGCUCCUACUUUUUGACCCUCAGUUUGAUUCUGGCCGCUGAAACCUUCAUCACAGCCUGCUUUCUGUACCGCUUCGCCUCCGAUAUCCACACAACUGACGAGUCUCUGAGGCAGGGACUCUACCCCAUCGACUGCCUUUACCAGUAUUUAGAUCAGGAGGAAGAUGAGCUGAACGGAGGAGGAAUGACGAGCUGUGAGCUGAUGAAGAAAGAAUUUCAGAACAGCGCUCAGCAGAGAAUCCUGCUGGACAUCCAGAACUCCUUAUGGCAGACUUUAGGAGAACACAACGUUACCCAGAUUUUCAAACCAGCCAUUCACCUCGGAGCCAAGCAGGAGCUGAAACAGUAUCACCAUCUGCAGAAAACAGGUGAUCCUGAGGCGGUCACGCUGGCGUUAGAGCGUCUGAACUGGGAGGCCCUGAGUGGACAGAGCAGUCGGGAGGGCCUGAUGCGUCUCAGUCCCGACGGGGAAAUCGUGGUGCCGCAGGACGGGAUUUAUUUUGUUUACUCUCAGGUUUAUUUCGAAAGUUCACACUCAGGCCGUGACCUGCAGUUCAUGCAGUACAUGUUCAAGCGGACGGCGCUGUAUCCGGAGCCGGCGAUGCUUGCCAAAGCUGCAGCGACUCCUUGUCUCAAGUCAGAAUCCGGUGUGAAUCUGUUUUCCAGCCACCAGGGGGCACUGUUUCACCUGGAGAGGGGCGACAGACUCUCACUAUACGUACUCAACAUAGGGACUGUGCGCUUUGCCCCAGAGUCCACUUACUUUGGGGCCUUUAUGAUAGACUGAUGGAACCUGUAUUGUAUCUGUACAGUAUAUAAUGUAUAUAAGUAUCUGAUGAACAGAAGACAAAUCCACCACUGGAAACCACAACAGGAAUAAGUUAAUGUGUCAUAAAAAUGUAUCUAUCUAUUUUGCCUCAUCACACCCUACAUGUAUCCCUCCACCAUGAAUGCUAGAAAGGCCUCAGACAUCAGGCAGUGCAUUCAAAGCCAUUUCAUGUAAUAAGUUUCUGUGUGGGAGCU